GGCAGAUGGCAGAGCAGCAGAUGGUGAUGGUGAGGCAGGUGGCAGAGCAGCAGAUGGUGAUGGUGAGGCAGAUGGCAGAGCAGCAGAUGGUGAUGGUGAGGCAGGUGGCAGAGCAGCAGAUGGUGAUGGUGAGGCAGGUGGCAGAGCAGCAGAUGGUGAUGGUGAGGCAGGUGGCAGAGCAGCAGAUGGUGAUGGUGAGGCAGGUGGCAGAGCAGCAGAUGGUGAUGGUGAGGCAGGUGGCAGAGCAGCAGAUGGUGAUGGUGAGGCAGGUGGCAGAGCAGCAGAUGGUGAUGGUGAGGCAGGUGGCAGAGCAGCAGAUGGUGAUGGUGAGGCAGGUGGCAGAGCAGCAGAUGGUGAUGGUGAGGCAGGUGGCAGAGCAGCAGAUGGUGAUGGUGAGGCAGGUGGCAGAGCAGCAGAUGGUGAUGGUGAGGCAGGUGGCGGAGCAGCAGAUGGUGAUGGUGAGGCAGGUGGCGGAGCAGCAGAUGGUGAUGGUGAGGCAGGUGGCAGAGCAGCAGAUGGUGAUGGUGAGGCAGGUGGCAGAGCAGCAGAUGGUGAUGGUGAGGCAGGUGGCAGAGCAGCAGAUGGUGAUGGUGAGGCAGGUGGCGGAGCAGCAGAUGGUGAUGGUGAGGCAGGUGGCAGAGCAGCAGAUGGUGAUGGUGAGGCAGGUGGCAGAGCAGCAGAUGGUGAUGGUGAGGCAGGUGGCGGAGCAGCAGAUGGUGAUGGUGAGGCAGGUGGCAGAGCAGCAGAUGGUGAUGGUGAGGCAGGUGGCAGAGCAGCAGAUGGUGAUGGUGAGGCAGGUGGCAGAGCAGCAGAUGGUGAUGGUGAGGCAGGUGGCAGAGCAGCAGAUGGUGAUGGUGAGGCAGGUGGCAGAGCAGCAGAUGGUGAUGGUGAGGCAGGUGGCAGAGCAGCAGAUGGUGAUGGUGAGGCAGGUGGCAGAGCAGCAGAUGGUGAUGGUGAGGCAGGUGGCAGAGCAGCAGAUGGUGAUGGUGAGGCAGGUGGCGGAGCAGCAGAUGGUGAUGGUGAGGCAGGUGGCAGAGCAGCAGAUGGUGAUGGUGAGGCAGGUGGCAGAGCAGCAGAUGGUGAUGGUGAGGCAGGUGGCAGAGCAGCAGAUGGUGAUGGUGAGGCAGGUGGCAGAGCAGCAGAUGGUGAUGGUGAGGCAGGUGGCAGAGCAGCAGAUGGUGAUGGUGAGGCAGGUGGCAGAGCAGCAGAUGGUGAUGGUGAGGCAGGUGGCAGAGCAGCAGAUGGUGAUGGUGAGGCAGGUGGCAGAGCAGCAGAUGGUGAUGGUGAGGCAGGUGGCAGAGCAGCAGAUGGUGAUGGUGAGGCAGGUGGCAGAGCAGCAGAUGGUGAUGGUGAGGCAGGUGGCAGAGCAGCAGAUGGUGAUGGUGAGGCAGGGUGCGGAGCAGUGGAUAGGAGUCAAACGAGGAAGGCGGUGA